AUGCUGUAUCGGGUUGUCAGAGAGGAAAAGAAGAGUGGUUUUAGUUCAUCAGUGGCAAAUACUAAGGAACAUGCAAACCAAAAUGACCAAAAAGGUGUCCAAGGAAAAAAGAAACUGACUUCCAUGGAAGCAGCUAUCAAGAGAACUGCAGAUAAAUUAGCCACUGUAUGUGUUCAUUAUGGCAAUAGAAAAGAAAGCCAAGGCAGAGAUGAGAUGCCACAGCAACCUGAUUUGGAUAAAGAGGGAAUAACUGAAGAAGAAAGAUUCAUGUUGUGGAAGAUUGGCUUGAGAAUGAAGCCUUUCUUACUUCUUGGUAGGCGGGGAGUUUUUGAUGGAACAGUGGAGAACAUGCACCUUCAUUGGAAAUAUAGGGAAUUGGUAAAGGUAAUAACCGGGAGGAAAAGCAUUGAGGAGGUAAACCAAAUAGCUAGGAUGUUGGAGGCAGAGAGCGGGGGAAUACUAGUUGCUGUUGAGCGAGUAAAUAAGGGUUAUGUGAUUAUUGUGUAUCGGGGAAAGAACUAUGAAAGGCCUGAUUCUUUGAGGCCUCAGACUCUUCUAAGUAAAAGAGAAGCAAUGAAGCGUUCUAUAGUCGUUGAAAUUGCAUGUCUUAAAGCUUGCACAAAAUAUAGAGGUCUUGAAGUCACGACCAAAAGUGAGGAGAUGAUUCAUAUUCAGUCCUCGGAUAUAGUUGGUUGGCAGGUAGCUGAGACAGGAACAUCUAAUGCUGCAGGCGGAACCAAUUAUCAGUCUACUUUAGCAAGUCCUUGCACUUCUGAGGAUUGUGGGGAUGCUGCAAAAGACACUGACCACAGUUCUCAGAAAGAAUUACCAAGUGAUUCCUCUUUCCAAUAUGAGAGCAAGGCUGAGGCUAUGUCUGAUACAAUUCAACCUCAGCAUCAAUCUAUUUUAUCAACCAAAGAGUCGAAAAGUAUGUUGAAUGUGAAUACAACAACAACCCAGGAGAAGUUAAAGAUUCACUUUUCUGAGACCAGAAGUUUCAAUAAACCUCGGGAAGUUGACAGUAGAAAGGAGGUGUCUGAAGUUGAUUCUGUCAAACCUCAACAAGAACUCAGAUCCACCAGGAGUAGGUCCGAAGCGAUGCCUCCCAAAAAAGUACAUCUUUCCAACAGGGAGAGGCUGCUUCUCAGAAAACAAGCCCUCAAGAUGAAGCCUACCAGCGCUUGCUGUUG